AUGGAAGCUUAUGAAGUUGAAGUUCCUUCUUAUUUUCUCUGUCCAAUCUCCAUGCAACUGAUGAAAGAUCCGGUCACAGUUUCUACCGGGAUAACCUACGACAGGGAAAACAUCGAAAAAUGGCUGUUUUCCUUCAAGAACACAACAUGUCCAGUCACAAACCAACAAGUAUUAGACACAGAUCUCACUCCAAACCACACUCUACGCCGAUUGAUUCAGGCCUGGUGCACUCUCAAUUCAUCUUAUGGCGUUGAAAGAAUACCAACUCCUAAGGCCACGGUCGACAAAUCCUACAUUAUUAAACUCCUCCAUGAAGCCAAGAAAUCACCACAAGCACAGCUCAGUUUCCUGCAAAGACUCCGAUCCAUUGCACAAUGCAACGAAAGCAGUAAAAGGCAAUUGGAGGCUGCUGGUGCAGUUGAAUAUUUAGCAUCAAUAAUAAAGAAAGAUGCAUUGGAUUGUGAUCAAGAUUCAGACCUUAGCAAGGCAAGUGAUGAAGCAUUGAACAUUCUUUAUCAUCUAGAAAUCUCAGAUUCAGUUUUGAGGAAAAUUCUUGGAGACGACGAUGAUAAAUUCUUGGAGAGUUUAUUGCACGUAUUGAAAUGUGGGAAUUACCAAUCUCGAACUCAGGCAAUAAUGAUACUGAAAUCUGCCUUAAAUGUGGCUGAUCCAGUGCAGUUGAUUGGAGUUAAGCCCGAAUUCUUCAUCCAUGUUGUCCAGAUUUUCCACGACAAAAUCUCGCAGCAAGUUUCCAAGGCAGCAUUGAAGCUUCUUGUGGAGUUAUGUCCAUGGGGAAGAAACCGAGUCAAAGCGGUCGAAUCAGGCUUAGUUUCAACAUUAAUAGAGCUUCUUCUUGACACAUCUGAAAGAAGGGCUUGUGAGCUUAUUUUGACAGUAUUGGAUCAGCUAUGUGGUUGUGCCGAGGGCAGGGCCGAGCUAUUGAAACAUGGAGCUGGACUCGCCAUUGUUUCGAAGAAAAUACUCAGGGUUUCUCAUGUGGCAAGUGAUAAGGCAGUGAGAAUAAUUUCUUCAAUUUCAAAAUUUUCAGCAAAUUCUAGGGUUCUUCAAGAAAUGCUGCAAGUUGGGGUGGUCGCAAAGUUGUGUUUUGUGCUUCAAGUGCGCAGCAGUCAAAAAUCAAAAGAGAGGACUAAAGAAAUCCUUAUGCAGCAUUCUAGGAUUUGGAAACAAUCUUCUUGUAUUCCACCUCAUUUAAUUUCUUCUUAUCCAAUUCCUUAA